GGCGGCGCGGAGAGCCCGAGCGGACGAGACCCAGGCUCAAGAUGGCAGAUUCCGACUGAGUUUGGGGGGGCCGACGUCUCGCUUCGCUUUCUCCUUUCCGUUGCCAUGAAUAACGGACAUCCUGGCCCCGAUGGCCCCCAUGUACGAAGGUAUGGCCUCACAUGUGCAAGUUUUCUCCCCUCACACCCUUCAAUCAAGUGCCUUUUGUAGCGUGAAGAAACUUAAAGUGGAACCAAGCUCCAACUGGGAUAUGACCGGGUACGGCACACACAGUAAAGUCUACAGCCAGAGCAAAAACGUACAGGCCUCCCAACCAGCCGCCACGACCGUCAGCACCUCCCUGCAGAUCCCCAACCCCGGCCUACCUUACGAGCAGACCGUCAUCUUUCCAGGCAGCGCCGGGCACAUCGUAGUAACGUCUGCGAGCAGCACUUCUGUCUCUGGGCCAGCCCUCGGUGGACCACACAACCUGAUGCGUCGAAGCACUGUGAGCCUUCUUGACACCUACCAAAAAUGUGGCCUCAAGCGUAAGAGUGAGGAGAUUGAAAACACAAGCAGCGUGCAGAUCAUCGAAGAACACCCACCCAUGAUUCAAAACAAUGCAAGCGGGGCCACUGUAGCCACUGCCACCGCAUCUACUGCCACCUCCAAAAACAGUGGCUCCAAUAGCGAAGGUGAUUAUCAGCUGGUCCAGCAUGAGGUUCUCUGCUCCAUGACUAACACAUAUGAGGUCUUAGAGUUCCUUGGUCGAGGGACAUUUGGACAAGUGGUCAAGUGCUGGAAACGUGGCACCAAUGAAAUUGUUGCUAUUAAAAUCUUGAAAAACCACCCAUCUUAUGCCCGGCAGGGUCAGAUUGAAGUGAGCAUCCUGGCCCGGUUGAGUACCGAGAGUGCAGAUGACUACAACUUUGUCCGAGCUUAUGAAUGCUUCCAACAUAAAAACCAUACCUGCUUGGUCUUUGAAAUGUUAGAACAGAACCUCUAUGACUUCUUGAAGCAGAAUAAGUUUAGUCCCUUGCCCCUCAAAUACAUCCGCCCUGUCCUCCAGCAGGUAGCCACAGCCCUGAUGAAAUUAAAGAGCUUGGGUCUCAUCCAUGCAGACCUCAAGCCAGAGAACAUUAUGCUGGUUGAUCCAUCCAGACAGCCAUACAGGGUUAAGGUCAUCGAUUUUGGUUCAGCUAGCCAUGUGUCAAAGGCUGUGUGUUCUACCUACCUUCAGUCCAGAUAUUACAGAGCCCCUGAAAUCAUCCUUGGUUUACCUUUUUGUGAGGCGAUUGACAUGUGGUCCUUGGGCUGUGUCAUUGCAGAGCUAUUUUUGGGUUGGCCUUUAUAUCCAGGAGCAUCAGAAUAUGAUCAGAUUCGAUAUAUUUCACAAACACAAGGUUUGCCAGCAGAGUAUUUAUUAAGUGCAGGAACAAAGACAACAAGGUUUUUCAACCGUGAUACAGACUCACCAUAUCCUUUGUGGAGGCUAAAGACACCAGACGAUCAUGAGGCAGAGACAGGGAUUAAAUCGAAGGAAGCAAGGAAGUACAUUUUUAACUGUUUGGAUGACAUGGCACAGGUGAAUAUGACCACAGAUCUGGAAGGGAGUGACAUGUUAGUGGAAAAGGCUGACCGGCGAGAAUUCAUAGACCUGCUGAAGAAGAUGUUGACCAUUGAUGCAGAUAAGAGGGUCACGCCAAUCGAAACCCUGAACCAUCCCUUUGUCACCAUGACACACUUGCUCGAUUUUCCCCACAGCACACAUGUCAAGUCUUGCUUCCAGAACAUGGAGAUCUGCAAGCGCCGGGUGAAUAUGUAUGAUACAGUGAAUCAAAGUAAAACACCUUUCAUCACCCAUGUGGCCCCCAGCACAUCAACCAACCUAACCAUGACCUUUAACAACCAGCUGAACACUGUCCACAACCAGGCCACCAACCUGGCUCCCACCUCCACCAGUGCCACUAUUUCCUUAGCCAAUCCCGAAGUCUCCAUACUAAACUACCAAUCUACACUCUACCAGCCCUCAGCGGCAUCCAUGGCUGCAGUGGCCCAGCGGAGUAUGCCCCUGCAGACUGGAACAGCGCAGAUUUGUGCCCGGCCUGACCCCUUCCAGCAAGCCCUUAUCGUGUGUCCCCCAGGCUUUCAAGGGUUACAAGCUUCCCCUUCAAAGCACGCUGGUUAUUCUGUGCGAAUGGAGAAUGCAGUUCCAAUUGUCACUCAGGCUCCAGGAGCUCAGCCUCUCCAGAUUCAACCAGGUCUACUUGCACAGCAGGCCUGGCCAAGUGGGACCCAGCAAAUUCUGCUUCCCCCAGCAUGGCAGCAGUUGACUGGAGUGGCCACACAUACCUCAGUGCAGCAUGCAACUGUAAUUCCUGAGACUAUGGCAGGGACUCAGCAGUUGGCAGACUGGAGGAACACGCACGCUCACGGCAGCCACUACAACCCCAUCAUGCAGCAGCCGGCGCUCUUGACUGGCCACGUGACCCUGCCGGCGGCCCAGCCCUUGAACGUGGGCGUGGCCCACGUGAUGAGGCAGCAGCCUACCAGCACGACGUCCUCGCGGAAGAAUAAGCAACACCAGGCGGCGGCCAGAAAUGUGUCAGCCUACGAGGUUUCCUCCUCCCAGACCAUCACUUCUCCUCAGAGAUCCAAACGAGUCAAAGAGAACACACCUCCCCGUUGUGCAAUGGUGCACAAUAGCCCUGCCUGUGGCACCUCCGUCACAUGUGGGUGGGGCGAUGUGGCUUCCAGCACCACCAAGGAACGCCAGCGGCAGACAAUUGUCAUACCUGACACCCCCAGCCCCACAGUCAGUGUCAUCACUAUCAGCAGUGACACAGAUGAGGAAGAAGAACAGAAGCAUGCCCCCACCAGCACUCUCUCCAAACAAAGAAAAAAUGUCAUCAGCUGUGUCACGGUUCAUGACUCUCCUUACUCUGAUUCCUCCAGCAACAACAGCCCCUACACCAUGCAGCAUCGAGCAGGCCACAGCAAUGCAAACACCUAUGACCCCAAGGGGGCGCUGGAGAGCCAUUGCAGCGGGAAUCCCCGAACUAUUAUUGUGCCACCCCUGAAAACCCAGGCCAGCGAAGUGUUGGUGGAGUGUGAUAGCCUAGUACCAGUCAACACCAGUCACCACUCAUCCUCCUAUAAGUCCAAGGCCUCCAGCAUCGUGACCUCCACCAGCGGUCACUCUUCAGGGAACUCGUCUGGAGCCAUUGCCUAUAGGCAGCCGCGACCAGGACCGCACUUCCAGCAGCAGCAGCCUCUUAAUCUCAGCCAGGCCCAGCAGCACAUCACAACGGAUCGUGCCGGACCUCACCGGCGUCAACAAGCCUACAUCACUCCUACAAUUGCUCAGGCUCCGUACUCCUUUCCGCACAACAGCCCCAGUCAUGGCACAGUCCACCCUCACCUGGCUGCUGCUGCUGCUGCCCACCUCCCCACCCAGCCACACCUCUACACCUAUACCACCCCUGCUGCUCUGGGCUCCACUGGCACCGUAGCCCACCUCGUGGCCUCCCAAGGUUCUGCUCGUCACACCGUGCAGCACACUGCCUACCCAGCAAGCAUCGUUCACCAAGUCCCUGUUAGCAUGGGGCCUCGAGUCCUGCCCUCACCCACCAUCCACCCAAGUCAAUAUCAAGCUCAGUUUGCCCACCAGACCUACAUCAGCGCCUCUCCAGCCUCCACCGUCUACACUGGAUACCCACUGAGCCCUGCCAAGAAUCAUGUAUCCAUUCUGCACCAAACUGGAGAGGAGAAGAGAGCAGCAGGAAGAUCCCAGAAUUUGGGGCCCCAGUUUUUGAAGAACUUUACCUAUAGACUUUUGAAAGAUUAUUUUCAUAUGACAGCAAGUGACAUUUGAGAAGUUGCUGUCAGGGACACCUGAAACCGAAAUCCAAUAGGUUUUUAAUCAAUUGAACGUGAGAAAAAAGGGAUUUUUCCAGAACUCUGAAGGGUCCGCAGCCCUCCUGAGCAUCAGGCUGUGAUCCAAGGGCAUUGAUACGCAGUCAUUAUUCUGGGGGUGGAGAGAAGAGAGUGAGGGUGGGAGUGGGGCAAGCCAGGCUCUUCCUUGUCUUGAAGUCACGCACUUGUGUUUGGCAUAGUAAGAGAAGGCCAGCAUGAUUGAAGAUCUCCUGGAGAGGGCCUAAUUUUCCCUUCUGAGCAUUCUGGAUCAAUCCCUAAGCAAUGUUAUUCCUAAAAUGUCAUUAAUAAUGUAUGUUGAAAUUCUGAGUUUUUUUUUCUGUUGGAGCUUUAUUUUCACUUUGAAUCCCUAGCCAUGUAGGAGGUAGCAGAAGUUUUAGCCGACCCUCUUCCUCCCCGCCUCCAUGUAGGAUGUAGCACUGUAGCCCUUUUUUGCUUACUUUAUGUUCAACUUCAGUGAUACCAAUAGAUUAUUCUUCAAUGUGAUUGCACAAAAAAAGUGAUAUAACAUAGGCAUGUAACAAAUGUGAUUGUCCAGGUUUGCGUGCGUGCGUGCGUGCGUGUGUGUGUAUGUGUGUGUGUGUGUGUGUGUGUGAGAGAGAGAGAGAGAGAGAGAGAGAGAGAGAGAGAGUGUUUGAGAGAGAGAGAGAGAGAGAGAGAGAGAGAGAGAGAGAGAGAGAGAGACAAGAAAGCUGAUGCUGCCUUCUCUCUGUGAUGUGUUCCUCGGCACAGCCAUUACAACUGUCACAGUCUUAGUUUUACAUCAUUCCCUCCUAGUGCCUUACCAAAUUACAGAUGUGGUGGAAGGGUUUACUUCCGCUGGUACUCCUAGAAACUGCCUGAGGCUAGUCAGAAUACGAUCUCAGCCCUUCUUUUUUGCUGUUGUAAUCUCGCUCGGGCUUUUUCUUCUUUUUCUCCUAAUCCUUGUUUUCUUGUGGCUAGCUGUCCUCUCUACUGUUUGCUAACUUUAGGUGUCAGGGAGGCUUUGCAGCAGCUGGGAGGAUAUUGCCCACAUAUCUUUGGAGAGUUGGAUAGAAGAAAUGGUGGCAGAAUCAGAAAAGGGCUUUGGGUGAGGUUUUCAUUUGUUGGCCUGAGAAAUAAGACAUUCCUACCUUCUCAGUUACCAGAAGUCUGUGGGACAGUGUUAUAAGUAGCCCACCUCUAGAAAUGAGGGUCUUUGUCAGGUUGCUGUCUCUUCUUGUCUGCAAAGAGGGGGAAAUGUAGCCACUCAUUGAGAAAAUAGGCAUUUUUCACCAGAAGUCACAAGAGACUAGGGAUGAGAGCAGGCCUACAAAUUCCACAAGCUGUUUGUUCUUCCCAUUCUCCCUCCCCUCUUCCCCCACAUUGCCCACCAGGAAUUCAGAGGGUCCUGAUUGAGAGUCAGGACAUCCAGCUUCUCCGGACUUUUCUACUCACUCACUAUGUGACCUUGGCCAGGCUGGCCACGUCCUUGGGCCUUAGUUCUCUGGCUAGAUUGGUUCCUAAGGUCCCUCCCAGCUCUAAUAUUCUGUGAUUCAGUCCCUCAACCCCUCUUCCAUCCCCACACCCAAGUUUCCUUUCUCCCAAUUCCUGCUGUCAUUGCUUUACCCUCGAACUUUUCCCAGACCCUGCUUGUCGGGCUCCUUCCUCUCCCCAUCCCCACAGAAAACCACCAGCCGAGACUUUUUGCUGCUAAAUUCUUUCCUCAUAUUCCCCAAUUUUCUCUGAGCCCCUGGUUUGCAGAGGGAUUGGGGAGGGGGAAGUAGUUCCACAGAAAUACCCCAACAUCACUGUUAUCUGGGACUGACUGCCCAGCCAGGGAGCAGAAAGUUUGAAAAAUAUAUCUAUCCUUUGCACUGCUGCAGGGUUGCUUCAAGCAAUAUCUAGUAGCCACUGAUAAAUAUUGGAAGUUUCUUCAGGAGUUGUGAAUACAGGUUGAGGGAAUAUUCUCCCCAAGCAGAGAGAGCCACUCAGAAUUUGAUUAAUGGAAACAGAAAGCAAUAUACUGGUACCAACAGGACUUAUAAAAUUCUUCCCAGACCUUUGAUUAAAAGUGACCCUGAAUCCAAGUUUCAAAAGUACAAAGAGAUAAUUGAAAGAAAUCCUAAUAUUUACCUGGGGGGUAUAGUGGGUACCUGGACUUGGAAGUCAGGAAGGUCUGAGUUCAGAUCCUGCCUCAGAUUUUAACAGUGUGACCCUGGGCAAGUCACUUUACUUCUUCCUGCCUGAGUUUCCUCAUCUGUAAAGUGAGGAGGUUGGAUUCAGUGGCCUUCAUGGUCCCUUCCAGCUCUAAAUAUAUGAUCCUAUGACCUCUAUGUCAGAUUUUCUUAAUCCCCUCUGAUUUCACCCCCACCCCUCCCCAGCUCUUCAACUCUAGACUUUCCCUACUCAUCUUCUGCAAAUAGUGUUUUCAUAAGGAUGAUUCCAUUUCAUCUCAGUAAAGCUGUUGUUAAUUUAGCUCUUAACUAUAAAGGAACUCUGGGAACUUCCCUCACUCCGCCACACAUCUUAGAAAUUUUACAAAGAAAAGUCUCCCCAGAGGAGUAAACAGCCCUAAUACAAAUGAGUAUGAGAUUAGAUUAGAUUAGACCACAGUCCCCAGGGGCAUAUCUAAGAGACCAUUUUUACCCCUUGGAGGCCCUGCACACCAUCCGAGCUCAAGCAAUACUUGUAGACUGACUGAAGUGUCAGGCAGAAUGGAAAAGAGGACUGGGAAAAUGUUUGGAGCGGAGGUUAAAUUUACACUCGCCUUGAUACCACAGUAGCACUCACCUUCAUUGAGGACAAAGGAAUUGCCAUUUGGGAGGUCACAGGAAAUGGGAGGUCCAUGACGUGACCUUGAAAGCUCCGUCUGCUAUUGCACAUGUGUAGGUUAUCCAACAGUAGCAUUCUCCCCAGGUGCAAAAGCGCCUGGCAACUAACAAAUGAAACUCAAGUUGCCAUGUUAGUUUCUUGGACACCCCCAGAGCAAAUCCCUUCCAACACUGACUUCCCUGAAAUAAGAGGUUCUGAUUUUCCCAGGGAAAAAAGCGCCUUACUUUUCCAUUGCAAAAAAAAAAAAAAUGGAAACUGUUCAUGUCCAAAAUUCUCUGUUCCUUUUCCCAUUUCCUCUCCAUCUGUUUCUCUCUCCUCCCCUGCUCACCAUCUCUUCCCCAUCAGGUCAGCAAUGAAAAUUUAGUGCUGCUUAUAUUCUCAAGAGAAAGGACAGCAUUGUUUUAUUGUAACCAUGACUAUUAUAAUAAUAACGAUAUUUAGCUUGAAUUUUAAAUGCAUUCAUUCCAGCAUCUCAGUGUUUUCUUUUUUAUAUUUAACAGUAUCUUUUUGUGGUAUCUGAGUACAAAAGUAGGAUGAGGGCUAUCAGAGGGGGUCUGAUCAUGUGAAACAAAAAGAGAAGAGAAUCUAGAAGAUUGUCUAGGAACAACAGAGAGGUGGGAUUUUUUUCUUUUUGUCUCUGUUAUACUAGAAACUUCCAGUAAUAUCUGUGUUGGUCAGGGCAAGAAUGAAUGGAGUACUGAAAACAUAGAAGCUGGCUGUAUUUCAUAAUUUACCUAUCUGUGGCAUACAGAAUUUACUUUGGUUUGGGAACAGUUUUGACAUUUCAUUGGCUGAAUGAUUGGACCUGAAUCAAAAACAUCUUAGUCCUCGCUAUCAUUCUCACCACCUUCCCUGCCCUUGCCUCCAUCUCCAAGCCUCACUGCCUCCUAACUAUCCCGAAAGCCCUGUUUCGCUUUCAGAAUGCAAUACCUGUGCCCUGAAAACUGUUGUGUAUAAGAAGUUGUGAUGAUGGUCAGGGGAUGAUUACCACUAUGACCCCUAGAGGGGUGAGAAGAGGAAAUGGGAAGCAUGCUUUUUCCCAGGGGAAAUGCAGAGCUCCCUUCCUCCCCCUUUACACCCACUUAUACGUACCCUUCCUCCAACACUCAUUCCCCUUUAGCUAUGAAGUCCCAGGAAUUGCCCACUUAGGACACAGGCACAAACACAUGUGAAGGGGUAGCCAUUUAAACAACCACAGAAUAAUCCCCAAGCCCAAAAAUCUUUGAAUAGUCAAAAGUUAUUUAGAUAUGAUGGGUCAGAACCCACAUAAAAUCAUUGAAUAGAAGAGGACUAUAAUAAUGCUUCCUACAACCAUCAUCAUCAUCACAAACAUUUAUUGAGCACCCUAAUAUUCUCAAUACACCAUAUGUAGUCCUUUAAAAAUAGAAAUAGUGUUUUAGGUGCCGCAUACUCCAUAUUCUUGAGUAUGGAUGAAGGGUUUAAAUAUUAGGUAUCUGUUAGACUAAUAAUGCCUCCUAUAGAAAGGUAUGAGACCUUUAAUCCAAAAUCCCAAUUUAAAAAAAAAAAUCCUCAAUCAAGCCCAACCUAGCAUUAGUCAUGUUUCCAAUUCAGCAUCCUCCCCUCACAAUUUCUAGCCCUGUACUUUUAGCACUGAGCCACUUUGGCAGUUUGGCAAAGGUAAAGACUCUCUCUCCCUCACAAUAAGAAGCUCAAGUGCAGAACUUCUUGCUUGGUUUGUCCCGUUUCUACUUCACCAAAUUGUUGACUUACCUAGAACAAUGCAGGAAUCUUUAACAGGAUUUUUUCUUCCUGUUUGGAAGAAGCUUAUAAAGAACAAGAUGAGAAGGGGAGAAAAAUGGAUAUGCUGAGUCUUAUUCUGCAGGUAAAUUUGCUUCUGGUUGGUUGGUUUCUCCUGGCCCAUGUGGAUGAUUACACCUGUCUCUGUGACUAGAUCCUCUUUCAUGAUAUGACAGCUGUUUUCAGAAAAAGGGGUUAGGCAGACUGAUGUGAUGGUGGUGGACGUUGAGGCACAGUGCCGAUUAAGGUUGCAGAGUGGAGUGUUGUGGUGCUUCUAAUUCUGAGGGGAAAGAAAGGCCGGGCCAAACUGGUGUUUGUAAUAGUGACAGGCAAUCGGGAUGGACUCUGUUUGUGUUUCUAGCCUUACUAGAGGGCAGAAUUUUUUAAGGAUGGAGAAAAGAUCUGGGCUUUCUCCUCUUUUCAGGGAAAGACCCAACCUGUCAAAAAUGCAGGAUCAUUGGCCAUAAGGAAGGGACAGUGGUAGUAGCAAGAGAUGGCUAUCUCUUGAGUUGACCUUUGGAGUUGAAAACUGAAAACAUUUAUUUUUGAAUAAGCUUAUGGUAGAGAUUUGGGGGGUGUGGUUGUGUGUGUGUGUUUGUGUGCAUGGAGCAGGCUUUACUUGGAAACAGGAGGGAAGGAGAUGAAGAGACUUAAGGAAGUAUUCUUGGUGGUCCAUGUUGGAUAAAGACUAGAAGCAUCCCUUGUCCCUGUUCUUUGCUUCCAGGUUCUCUGUCCCAGUAGCAAGGGAGGGGAGGGGACGUGUGCAAACGUAGCUUCUCUUAGUGGCCUGUCAGACAGCUGUGAAAGAAAAAGACAGAAAGACAAGAAGGAACUAGGUAGGUGGCCUCUGCUCAAGAAGGGAAUUCAGCGGAAGAACAGCAGUUUGUUCUGUAACUAGAGUUUGGGACUUCACUACCCCAUCACACUCAUGAUUUUGCCAUGAAACAUUCCAGCACAGGGACACUUUCAGUGCUUGUUUUUGUUCAUUUCUUUCCUUUCCUUUGUGAUAAAUUUCAGAAGGCAUAGCCUCCAAACCGGGCACAGCAGAAAUCCCAUUACCAAACUUGAAAGGAAGAUGAAAAUCUUCAUUUCCUUAGCCAAAGAAACCUUUGCAGAACCGUCAUCAUGUGCAGACAGAAUAAUGUUCCUGUCUUUCUUUUACAGGCAAUAAUAACAUCAUUAAAGACCAAAUUCCAUUUUCUUCCCUUUCUCUCCCUCCUGUGAUUUGUAAGUUGUUUUGUUGUAGGGUUUUUCGUCACAUUCAUUUCAAAACCACACUCACCUAAUAAAGAAAUAUGAAGAUUAGCAACACUAAAUACUGCUGCUAUCCCAAACUGUGAGUAUGCUGUAAUAAUACUGGGACUGAAGCUCAUCUCAAGAUGAUAUCCAAUACAAAUUUAAAUAAAUGUUCCCUGUGGUUGGAAACCAGUAUUAGGAGCGUCAAAUGCAACUGGAAACUCUUUGGCAUAGCUCAUCAUUGCUAGUCCACUUUGAUGCCUUAGAACUCAACAUUUAUUCUCCACAGAAGAGUUCCAGUAAUAUCUCAGUCAGGGAGCCAUGGAAUUAGAAGACCAUGCAGGGGUGUGUGGACUCCAAGGAAACACCUUGAAGUCUUAGUUCUCCAUUAAUCAAUAACCAUUAAGGGUAGGGGUGUUCUAAAUGCUUCCUACCACUUCUGGGUGUCUGAGAAAGAGACACCCCCUCCAGGUCUGAAGAAAUGUGCAGGGAAGUGAAUGUCGGGAAGCUGUGGCCUCUGGAGGAAGAGGGCCUAGUUAGAUUUUGCCUCCAUGGUCUUUCUACCUCCCCUUGCAUCAUCCCUCCAUGAAUCUUUGCUUUCUGCUCUCAGGCCACCAUAUUGGAGAAGUAGCUUUAAUACCCUGUUUUAAAAAAAAAAAAAGUCUGCCAUAUACUCCAAGCAGUGACCUUGUGCAUGUAUAGUCAUGGAAUAUGACUUUCUACACACAAGCGACCCAAGGUCCUUGAGUUGGUAGAGCAGAGCUGUUGUGAAUCAGGCCAUUGGGACGUGGAGGUGGGGAGCGGUGGGGGAGAGGCAUUCUUUUUAAAUUCAAGGUCAUAGCUGUCAUCACCACCAGAUUCCCCCCAAGGUUGAGUGGCUUCUCCAGAGUACCAGAUGUUAGGCCAUUCCAGAAUCAAAACCCCCUCCAUUCCUGUACCAUGACCACAGUGGCCCUUAAACAGGAGGCAAAUAAUGCUGUAUACUGAUUGGAGGAUUAAAUCAGAAGAAGAAUCCUAAGGGCGGCUUUAAGCUGGGCUUUUUAAAAGAGUGAGAAACAGGGAAGGGCCUUGAAUUUGAGUGCAACUGGAGUGGGCAGAAUCAGCUUGGCUUGUGGAAUAAAUGGAGGGGGAGGGGGGUUGUUAGUUAUGAUAUUUUGAGGCCACACUCAAUGGUUUUAGAAAAUAACAAAGUUGAAACAUUUCUUGUAUAUGGAUUAGCUUUAUCCCUCCAGUCUUAGCAGUGCUGCUAUAACAGACUUAAGUGUGAAGAAAAAAAAAUGUUCUUUUCUUUUUAAAAAAUAUCUUUUGCUUGCUUAUAGUUAAUCCAAGAAAGGCAAUACUAAAGGUAUAUUUUUUUCAAAAUGCUAUUUUUUACUGCACUGAUAAAUAUUAUGACAACUCUGAUCUCCGUAACAGAUCAACUGUUCAGCUGUGGGUGGAACCAUAUGAAGGAUUCACACCAACCUUGUAAAUACCACGUGUAGGUCUGUCAUCCAGAGGCUUCUUUUUCUUUAUUUAAAAAAGCAAAUACAAAAACCUUCAAAACCAGGAACAAAACUGAGGUUUCCUUUCUGAAACAGACAGGCAGCCCUCUCAAAAGAGGGUGGAGAGCAGCAGGAAACCUGGCCAAAUUUGAGGACCCGGUCCGGUUGUAAGCAUCUCAAGAGCCCUGGAGAGGAAUCAUUAAUGCAGAGGCAUUUUGAUUUUAGUUGGAAGGCGACAUGAAGUUAGAAGUGUCUGAGGGCUAGAAUUCUGUGAGGUAGCUAUUAAACUGCUGUGGAACAUCCUUUGGAUCCUUUGUCCCCCAUUUGUUUUUCCUUUUAAAUAUGCUUUCACUAGCUCCAGGCUGGUUUGCCUCAGUUCUUGGGUAGUUUACAUGAGUUCUGGAAUCUUUGAGAACUCCUGCCUCCAUUGGAAGCAAACCCAGCUGAUCAGCAUAUGGGAUCCUGGGUUGUUUCAAUUGGUAUUCUGGAAUUCUGACAGGACACCUGAAGAUUUUUUUUAAAGAAGGUUUUAGAUAAAUUUAUCUUACACAAACUGUGACCUAGUGGCAAUAAUUACCUCAAAUGUGGGCAUUCAUCCUGGUUUUAGCCUUUUUGAAAACAUGUAGCCAGCUUGAACUUGGGAUAAAAAAGACUAUGGGCUCCAUACGGGCUGAAAAUAUUGAUAAAUGCCCACCCUGGUCACUGUUGCUUGAGUGAAUUCUGAAGAUAGUGAUUCUUUACAAUAAAAAUUAAACCAAGGAAUAGAUUACUGUGUGUGUUGUACUCAAGUGUGAUGUUAAAAUGCACAUGUACGUAUAUAUGUUUAUAGCUACUGUAAAAUACUUUAGCCUUCUAGAAGAUAUUUAAAGAGUCACAUUUUAAAUUAGUAUAAACUAAAUCAUUGACUGUGGAUACUUAAACAGAUACCUGGCUACGUUUUAUAGUUAAGGUGUUUUCUAGUUUACAUUUAAACUGGUACUUUUAAAGGGAAAUUUUCGUUUGCAGACGUCUUCAAACCCCCAAUGGUUUGCCUCUACUUUGAGGCCAUGUCCACACGAGGCAAGUUUUUUCUAACCAUGCUGUGUUCGUUGGCCAAACAUAAGCUUUUCCCUUCUCUGUGAUUGGAUUCCAUAUGAUUUAGAGAAGGUAUUCAAGAUAAAGUUUUGGAAAAUAAAGGGGAAGGAGGUCCAAGAGCCCGGGUCCAGGUGGGGAAUUUUUAUACCCUAUUUUUAACUUUAACACCCUCUAUUAAAACUCUUCUCUGACAAGAACGGACCCGGCUCAAUGAGUUUGUCUCCAGUGGGAUUCUUUGUCAUCGCAAGACAUAGCCGUCAACAGCCAGCCAAAAAUAAGAUCUGUGGACACUUAUUUCCCAGCUACCCCACUGUGAUAUUGCCGAGCACAGGGUCUUGAAACAAACAUUGAAUGAAGGCUUUGUAAAAAGGGAAGCAUCUCUUCCUCAGUCGAAAGUGACAUCCACACCCAUGUUCACUGGCUAAUUCCUUCCCAAAAGUAUGUUACUGUCCUCUAGACCCAGCCUUCACCUUGCCCUUUGAAAACAGGCAAGAAGUGUCAAAGUAGCUCUUUUUUGUUUUGGUUUGGUUGUCUCAUUUAGUAUUUAAAAUUAGCCAAGAAGCCCCCGUGAAGAUUGGGGAGUAUGUAGAGACCUGAGUGAGCAAAUAGGAACAGAUAACAAGGAGAAAACUUGGAGGAUUUUAGGAGCAUUUAGUAAAUGAAACCUGUGUCCCUACUAGUAAUCAAAGAUAAUAUUUAUAAUGAUACUAAAGACCCUUCAAAGGGAGGGAUGGAAUGUAUAGUUCAUAACUCAUUGAUGAGUCAGAUUACUGGAACUCUGGAUUCCCUCUCUAAUUAAUCCCUCCUAGAAGAAGAUUUUGAUGAUUUUUCUAUGUCUUUUAUUUCCUUGUUGACAGUCAUUCUGGAAAGAAAGUGCUGUGAUCUAAAUCUCAUCCCUUAGCAGGUGAUACCCAUUUUAAAAAAAAAAAAAAGGUUUUUAUUCAGACCUAGGGAACUGAAAAGAAGAAAAAUGCAUUUGCUGUUUCCUGGUAAGCUGCAUUUGAUUGUAUAUUUUUAUUACUAUUUGCUUGCUAUGAAUUUCGAUGUAAAAACAUCACUUCCCCUCCUGAUUGUACUCCUGAUUUGGUUUGGUUUUGAUUUGUUUUCCUUUUAACCAAAUGAAUUUUGUGUCAGUGGCUUUGGGGCUCAGCCAUGUUCUUGAGACUAAAAGUACAGAAAAUGGUAUACCUCUUUUUCCCCCUUUUAAAACAAAGUUCUGUGAAGGAAGGGCGCUGCCAUAGCUCUCUGGGAGCUUCCAGCCAAACUUUUUGCUUGCUUUUCAUUACUGGCACUGCUACCCCCAGUGACUGCAACUGCUAACUAAAUUCCUGGGCAGUUUGCCAUCCCAUAGGUAACCUGGAAAUAGGACCAUUCCAAUUUCAGCUCCUGCCUCACCCUGUGCCAGGUUGUUUCAAUUAGUAGCCCCAGAUGCAGAAAAAUUAAGGGCUCAAAGAAGCUUUUUACAACCCAUCACUCUUUGCAUCCAAUCAAAAGCUUGGAAAAACUCACCCACUCAUUCCUAAAAUGAGUGGUCUUGCCUAGCUGUUAGCCAUACAAAGAAUUUUUUUUUAAAUUACUAUUUAAAUAGCUUGGCUCAGGUUAUAGGAAAGAUUUGCAAAACGAAAAAGCGUUUGAUUCAAAUUUUAACCAUAUUCAUCCUUCAGAGCUUUCCUUAUCUUCCAAAUGGUUACAUAAAGUAUUCCAGCCCUUCGAAAGCAAAGGACUUUCUUUUCAGUCCUUCUAAUUUUAGUGAUUACAUCCAACAUUUCUUUUUUUUACUCCCACCCCAACCUUUAUGUUAUUGCUCAUUUGAAGGAUCCUUCAUGGAUUAUCCAGGGCACAAUCAUGUUAGGCCCCAAGGCAUUUCCUUAUCCUCUGCAUGUUAUGUUUUGUUUUGUUUUUAACCAAAUAAAGUAGAAAAAGGAAGUUACACUUUGGGGCAGCAGAAUUUCUAGUUUGGUAGAAUCACUGUAUAGCCUUUAUAUCUCCAUAUAUGUCUGUAUGUUUGCAUAUAGAUAUAGAUGUUGAUAUAUGUGUGUGUAUAUAUAUAUAAAUAUAUAUAUCAAACCAAAUUCUGAUAGGAGAAAAGUAUAGCUUUAUGACUAAGGAGAAAGAGGCAUUUUUAAAGUUAGAAUUAGACUCGGACUAUUUAAAGGAAAAAAAAAUACAAUGAAAUAUGUUACAGGCUGCACCAAUAACACAUACAGGCAGACCAGACAUGACUGACACGUUUGUUCCAGUUGGCUGCUGCUUAUCCAAGCGGUCCUAAAGGGUAGGAAUGGUGUUUCCAGAUCCCCAGCACUCAUGGGGACAUGUAGGUGGGCAGCAGCCAAUUAGAAUGACUGAAUCUUCCCAUCGCAUCUAUUUCGAUCUGGUGGUUAGCCUCUUAGAUGGUAUCGUGUUUCCGAAAAUGGAAUCUAUUAGGAGGAAAAGAGAAAGAACCUAGAGAAAUGUUUACCUUUCAACUGCCCAUGAAUCCAAGCUACUCUGGAAAGAUUCACUCCCCAGAAUGGUAACAGGGAAGAGGAGAAACUGGUGUUCUAUCACCAACUCAAGAAAAAUGGCUCCUUCCCCAUUGCUGUCUCACAUAGAUCUUUCUCAACAGUGUCAUCUCAGCUCAGUAACCCUAUGAAAGCCCUGGUCUAUUGUGUUCCUUCACUGUAUGGUUUCUGUAAUAAAAGUGUUAAUCCAUGUUAAUCUUUGUGAAAAAUUAUUGCGUGCAACAGUAUUUUCUUGUGUACCUCUUUUUCCUAUGUGAAUUGUCCCUCUUUUUUCUUUAUUUAUAAAUGUCUACUUUUUUUUAAAAGACAAACCGAUGUGUUGUAGACCUAUAUGUAACCUAUUCCUUAGUCUCAUAUUAUAGGUAUAAGAAUGGAUAUUUUACUUGGCUUUAGAAUGUUUUACAAGAAAAUUAAUUCUUAACUGAUCAAGUUCUCGCUACUAAAAAUGCUUGUGUUUUUCAUCAUGACGUCGUGUGCUUCUAAAUUAAUAAUCAUUUUCGUUGUAGAAAAAUGGAGUGAAUUUAUAUUAGUCUUGGAAACUAAUAAUAGCAUUGUAAAUUUAUGAGAUGAUUUUAACAGAAAAAAUUAUAGAAGAAUAUAGUUAUUUUAAUUGUAAUAUUACUAACUGUAGGGUGAGAAAGGGGGUCCCAUUGUGGUGAACUAUGUUAUAGCUUGUUACUCACAGUUUCUUUUUGAUCAUUUUUUCGGUCUCUGAGGUGAAACGAGUUAUUAAUUGAAAUUUGUAAACUCACAUAUGCAUAUUGUAUAUGUGUAGAAAUGUAAUCACACUUUGUCUUGGAAUUACAUUAAACUGUUUGAAAUCACUGCA